AUGCAAAUUUGCAAGCACGCAAUGCACUCAACUAUGAAUACGCAGCUGCGGAAAAAAAUACGUGGUAUCCUGACGAGUGGACACAGGCAUUUACUGGAAAUGUGCUUUUUGGAUGAAUUGAAGCCGGUGGCUGUUACUGUCGAUCUGAUUAAUGUUGUGUACGAAAUUCCAAGGGACGAAACUGCCAAACUAUCAAUAAUUGUCAUAGAUGAUCAUUUUUCAUCAAAGGUCAUUAAAGAAUACUACCCGCGGCAUCCAUCUUUUGUUCUAUCUGGUGAUUCACUCGAAGCACUGAUUAAAAAUCUUCACGAAAUAAAAACAGCGAAAAUUUGGAACGUGAAGUCGCUGUUCGUCAUUGUUGGAACGCAAUGCCAUAAUUCAGCAGCUGUAUUGAAAUUAUUAUGGGAGAUAGAAGCUCUUUCAUCGUUUUACAUUUGUCAAGAUGAGUUCAACAAUAAAACGCUGAUCUUUACUUUUAAUCCCUUUUCAAACUACGCUCCGAAGCCUUGGGAACGAGUAGCAGGUUUUGAUAGAUCAGAUAGUCGAUGGACACUCAUCCGUCAACGAUUUAUAAAUGAUGCCAAUAUCUGUGAAAGUAUUAAGUUUGACAAAUCGGCACGGUUGGACGGCUUUCCGCUAAAAGGUGUCAAAGACGGAAUAAGAAGUAAUGCUUCAUUCGGUAAAAACCAUGAGAUUCUGUCACCACUUACUAAUGAUUUCUUCCAAACUUCGCUAUCAAUGAUUAAUAGCACACCGGUAGUGUAUACUAUUUGUAAUGUUAGUUAUGGAAAUCCAUUCAAAAAUCGUAAAUAUGACUUUUUGUGGAAACCUUACGUUAUAAAAUUUACCGCCCAGAAAUAUGUAGAUAUAAUGGCUUUCUACGAUCAAGACGGCUACGUGAUUUUAACGCGAAAACAAAAAACUGUACCAGUAAUUAGUCAAAUCGUCGACUGUUAUUUCAAUGUUUGGACAGUUAAUAUUUCGGUUUUCAUUUUAACAACAAUUUUAAUUGUGAUUUAUAUAAACCACAAUUAUCAUUUACGCGAAGCUCUCAUGGAUAUGUUGUCGUUAAUGUUAGACAUGGAAAUGAUAGUCCCGAUGAGUAGAAUGUCCAUGCGACUGAUUUUUUUUGCUGCUAGCUUGUUUAUGUUGAUUUUUAAUCCCGCGCUGCAGGGUCAUUUGUCUGCUGUUUUGACGAAACCAGCGCGUCAACAAGUCGAUACCUUAGAACAGCUGUAUACAAAUCACUUUCAUGUACAUUUUGAUUUCAAAAUUGAAAACGAAUUAUUAAUGACAGGAUUGUGGUCAUAUACUUCUGAUAAAAAAUACUUACACAGAAAUUUCAUUAUGAAAUAUUCCGAGUGCUUAGUAAAACUUUUGAAAAAUGAUUCAGCUGCUUGUAUUAUGAAUAGUAAUUAUCUUCCUUAUGAAAAAUUACACGACGAAGUACACUUAUCUCAAUAUCUAUAUUUUAACGAAUAUAGCAAUUAUGUAAGCAGACAAAAUUGGCCACUCAAAGAUAAAUUCGAUAAGACCGCAAUGAACUUUGUGGAAAACGGAUACGCGGAUUAUCACAAAAAAAAAUCACUCUUUAAACGAUUGUUACGGAAAAAGCAAUUAAUCGCAAGAAUCGACGCCGCAGAGCAAAAUGACGAACUUGAUUUCGGGUAUUUUGAGCUUGACUAUCUCAUAAUCCCUUUAUGUUCAAUUUGGACAAUCCUCGUACUGAUUUUCGAAGUAAUGAUCAAGAAAUUCAAAAUUUGGAAUAAAAAACGACAGCAAAAAUCGAAAACCUUAAAAUUGCGAGCUCGCCGACGGAUCGCCGGUAUAGUUAGACGGAUGGCUGGCUGCUGUAGAUCAAGCAGAAUCGCGAGAAUUGUGUGA